GAGGGUGCGCGCGGUGAUGACGGAUGUCCUGUUCAGCGGGAUGGCGGCGGCCGCGGGCCCGGUUGUGCGGUGUUCGCUGUUGCAGCGCCGGCCCCUCCGCUGCGGGCCGGGUCUGCGGCCUGUGCCCGGCGGGGAGGCUUCCCUCAGGCUGUGCAGCACGCGGGUGGCGCGGGAGGGCAUCAACAAGCCCGUCAUAGACCGCAUCAUCCGCGUGGACCAUGCCGGGGAGUACGGGGCGAACCGCAUCUAUGCGGGGCAGAUGGCCGUGCUGGGCAGGUCGAGCGUGGGACCCGUCAUCCAGCAAAUGUGGGAUCAAGAAAAAGACCACCUGAAAAAAUUCAAUGAGCUCAUGGUUGCAUAUAGAGUCCGACCUACUGUUUUAUUGCCUUUCUGGAACGUAGCAGGUUUUGUUUUAGGGGCUGGAAGUGCUUUACUUGGAAAGAAAGGUGCAAUGGCUUGCACAGUGGCCGUGGAAGAGAGUAUAUCAGAGCACUACAACAACCAGAUCCGAACUCUAAUAGAAGAGGAUCCAGAAAAAUACAAAGAACUGUUGCUGGUAAUAAAGCAAUUCCGGGAUGAUGAGCAGGAGCACCACGACAUUGGGCUUGAGCAUGAUGCAGAAGCUACACCAGCUUAUUCUGUUUUGAAGACAGCCAUACAACUUGGAUGCAAAGCUGCAAUAUUUUUAUCAGAAAGAAUUUAGUUAUAUUUUCCAUAAUAAUUGUGGCAAUAAACUGUGACACAAAAGUGUAUGGAAAUUGUGGAAGACUCGGCUAUUUUAUUCCACUUUUUAAAUUUUUCUGCACUAAGCACUUGAUUCAACCAUCCUUUGUAACAUUAAGUCCCCAUUUAAAAGUCUAUAUUAAAGUCAGUUGACCUAAAUGUGAAUAAAGUUGGCAGAAUUGAA